AUGGUUCUUGCUGCUCGAUGUGGCCAGGCGGCUGGCCUGCUGCGCCAGCGCUGCCUCGCUGAAGCCCGUCCCGGGCUCUCUCUGCGCGCAUUCUCCUCCCAGACUCCCGUCCGCUCGACGGCCUCUGCUCUGCGUCUGCAGAAGAUCCCCACGGCUCGCUCUCAGCAGCUCCGUUCUUUCUCCAGCAGCCUGCGUCGUCUGGCUAUUGAGAAGCCUCCCACUGCUGAGUCUUACCUCGCCAGUGGUGCGGUGAAGACCGGUAGCGACCUUGUUGAUGUCAAGAAGGUCCUCGUCAUUGGUAGUGGUGGUCUGAGCAUUGGACAGGCUGGCGAGUUUGAUUAUUCUGGCUCCCAGGCUCUGAAGGCUCUCAAGGAAGCCGGCGUCCACUCGGUCCUGAUCAACCCCAAUAUCGCGACCAUCCAAACCGACCACAAGCUCGCCGACGAGGUCUACUACCUCCCCGUUACACCCGAAUAUGUCACUCACGUCAUUGAGCGCGAGCGUCCCGAUGGUAUCUUCCUUACCUUCGGUGGUCAGACCGCUCUGAACCUGGGUGUGCAGAUGAACCGCAUGGGUACCUUCGAGCGCUACGGUGUCAAGGUCCUCGGCACCAGCAUCAAGACCCUGGAGACCAGUGAGGACCGUGACCUCUUCUCCCAGGCCCUGAACGAGAUCAACAUCCCCAUUGCUGAGUCGACUGCCGUCGAGACUGUCGAGGAUGCCCUCAAAGCCGCCGAGCAGGUUGGUUACCCUAUCAUCGUCCGGUCUGCCUAUGCCCUUGGUGGUCUGGGCUCUGGCUUUGCUGCCAAUCCCGAGGAGCUCCGUGACCUGUCCUCGCGUUCUCUGUCCCUCUCUCCCCAGAUUCUAGUUGAGAAGUCCCUCAAGGGCUGGAAGGAGGUUGAGUACGAGGUCGUCCGUGACGCUAACAACAACUGUAUCACCGUUUGCAACAUGGAGAACUUCGACCCUCUCGGAAUUCACACCGGUGACAGUAUCGUCGUUGCCCCUAGUCAGACCCUGUCGGACGAGGAGUACCACAUGCUACGUACUGCUGCCAUCAAGAUCGUCCGUCACUUGGGUGUCGUUGGCGAGUGCAAUGUUCAGUACGCUCUGCAGCCCGAUGGACUCGACUACCGUGUCAUUGAGGUCAACGCUCGUCUGUCUCGCUCGUCCGCUCUGGCUUCCAAGGCCACCGGUUACCCUCUCGCUUACACUGCGGCUAAGAUUGGACUGGGACACUCUCUUCCCGAGCUCCCCAAUGCCGUCACCAAGACUACCACUGCCAACUUCGAGCCCAGUCUGGACUACAUUGUCACCAAGAUUCCCCGAUGGGAUUUGAGCAAGUUCCAGCACGUUAACCGCGACAUUGGUUCCGCCAUGAAGUCGGUUGGUGAGGUUAUGGCCAUCGGCCGUACCUGGGAGGAGUCCCUCCAGAAGGCUAUCCGUCAGGUCGACCCCAGGUACCUUGGUCUCCAGGGUGAUUACUUCGAGGACCUCGACGAGACCCUCCGCAACCCCACCGACCGCCGCUGGUUGGCCGUUGGUCAGGCUAUGCUUCACGAGGGCUACUCCGUUGACAAGGUCCACGACCUGACCAAGAUCGACAAGUGGUUCCUGUACAAGAUCCAGAACAUCGUCGACUGCAACAACGAGCUCAAGGAGAUCGGUAGUCUCUUCGGCAUCAAGCAGGAGAUCAUGAUGAAGGCCAAGAAGCUCGGUUUCUCUGACAAGCAGAUCUCUCUCCUGGUUGGUUCCACUGAGGACGAUGUCCGUGCCCGCCGUAAGUCCUUCGGCAUCACCCCCUGGGUUAAGAAGAUCGAUACCCUGGCUGCCGAGUUCCCUGCCGACACCAACUACCUCUACACCACCUACAAUGCUACCUCGCACGAUGUCACCUUCGAUGACCACGGAACUAUCAUCCUUGGUAGCGGUGUGUACCGUAUUGGUAGCUCCGUCGAGUUCGAUUGGUGCGCAGUCAACGCUACUCUCUCCCUCCGCAAUAUGGGCAAGAAGACGGUUAUGAUCAACUACAACCCCGAGACCUACUCCACUGACUUCGAUACCGCUGACAAGCUCUACUUCGAGGAGCUCAGCUACGAGCGUGUCAUGGAUAUCUACGAACUCGAGGCCGCUAGCGGUGUCGUUGUCUCUGUCGGUGGUCAGCUGCCUCAGAACAUUGCCCUCCGUCUCCAGGAGACUGGUGGUGCCCACAUUCUCGGUACCAACCCCGAGGACAUUGACAAGGCUGAGGACCGUCACAAGUUCUCCCAGAUCUUGGACAGCAUCGGUGUCGACCAGCCCGCCUGGAAGGAGCUUACCUCCGUUGCCGAGGCCGAGAACUUCGCCGAGUCUGUCGGCUACCCCGUCCUGGUUCGUCCCAGUUACGUCCUGUCUGGUGCCGCCAUGAACGUCAUUUACAGCGUCGAUGAGCUCAAGGAGAAGCUCCUCAACGCUAGUGCCGUUUCCCCCGACCACCCUGUUGUCAUCACCAAGUUCAUCGAGGGUGCCGAGGAGAUCGACGUUGAUGCCGUCGCUUCCAACGGUAAGCUUCUUGUUCACGCCGUCUCUGAGCACGUCGAGCCCGCCGGUGUCCACUCCGGUGACGCCACCCUCGAGAUUGCCCAGAAGGUCGCCAAGGCCUGGAACAUCACCGGUCCCUUCAACAUGCAGAUCAUCAAGGCCGAUGUCGAGGGCGCCGAGCCCCAGCUCAAGGUCAUUGAGUGCAACCUGCGUGCCUCUCGUUCCUUCCCCUUCGUCAGCAAGGUCCUGGGUACCAACUUCAUCGACGUCGCUACCAAGGCUCUCGUCGGCCGUGAUGUCCCCGAGCCCGUUGACCUCAUGAAGGAGAAGCGUGACUACCUCGCCACCAAGGUUCCCCAAUUCUCCUGGACCCGUCUGGCUGGUGCGGACCCCUUCCUUGGCGUCGAGAUGUCCUCCACUGGUGAGAUUGCCUGCUUCGGUAAGGACCUCGUCGAGGCCUACUGGGCGUCUCUUCAGUCCACCAUGAACUUCCGCAUGCCCGAGCCCGGUGAAGGUAUCCUUCUGGGUGGUGACGUUACCCAGCCUCACCUCGCCAAGAUCGUCGAGUACCUCAACCCUCUCGGCUACAAGUUCUUCGCUGCCAACCCCGACGUCAAGGCUCACAUCGAGUCCACUGCCCAGGACAACGUCUCCGUGCAGGUCAUCGAGUUCCCCAAGAAGGACAAGCGUGCUCUCCGUGAGGUCUUCCAGAAGUACGACAUCCGCGGCUGCUUCAACCUUGCCAAGACCCGCGGCAAGACCCAGCUUGACGAGGACUAUGUCAUGCGCCGUAACGCUGUCGACUUCAGCGUUCCCCUCUUCAUGGAGCCCAAGACUGCGACUCUCUUCGCUCAGUGUAUGAACGAGAAGCUGCCCCGCUCCGGCGAGAUCCCCUCCGAGGUCCGCACCUGGUCCAACUUCGUCGGCGGCAAGAAGCUGUAA